AUGGUUAUGAGGGGGGGGGGGGGGGGGCCCCGGUCCCCGGGGGGAAACGAAAGGGCGGGGGAAGGCCCCCCCGGCGUCCAGCCCCAAGCGAAAGACGGCAGGGGUUUCAAGGAGUACUUUUUGGGGUUGAACAUGAAGAACAAUCGACGGAAUCCCUGGUUUGUUGAAUUCUGGGAGCACCACUUCCAAUGCCGAUACCCAGGGUCCCCCCGGACCCCAUACAACGGCCACUACAAAAGAAGAUGUUCAGGUCUUGAACGGUUGACUGUGAACAAUACUGAAUUUGAACGACAGCUCCAAUUUGUCAGUGAUGCUGUGAUGGCUUUCGCUUAUGCUAUUAGGUAA